ACCUCGUAAUUGAUAUAUUGUUUUCUCCAUUCUGGUGUAAUGUGAGCGCUCAAAUGCUCCGCGAAUUUCAUGUCUGCCGUCGAGGAAGCCUGGUCAGUUCACGGGAUGAUUCGCUGCACGCGCGAACACAAUCGAAUUGUUGACAUUACACGCGAAUAGGAUUGUGACGAGUUAUUUUUAGAGCUUUGAUACAUUCGCCGCGAACGACGACGCAUGUUUGUUGUGGUUCUGAUAUGAAAUUCGAUGAGGAGUAGGCAAAGUGUUGACUGUUGCUUGUUGAUAUUGUAGAAAAAAAUUUUAGUGGAAGUAUGGUGAAGUUAAUUGUAUCAAGGAUGCAGUACACAAGAAUUGUAUCCCGCUGUUUUUCAGCAAAGUCAAAGGCUCUACUUGACGACACAAUGUCCACUUUAUUCUCUAAUAAUGAGAUUAAAUACAGACAUCAUCCAGGUAUCGUCAUGCCUAAAACACCAGUAUUCCCAGAAUGGGCUGCAAAAAAAAUCCAAACAGUUUUAAAAGAGAAAUCUAUAAACUUGAAAAAUAUUAAUGAAAGUGCAAAGAAGUUGGUCCAGCACUUGCAUCAGCGCUACCCACCAUUAGAACAGUCUGAGUUACCAGCAAAAUUACGGAAAGUAGAAGAACGUUUGAAUACUAAUAAUGAUGGUGAUAAAAUUUCUAUAGAAGAUGUAGAUUUCAGUAAAAACGUAAAAGCCAGAAAUAUUUUGAGACAAAACAUUUAUAACUGGCAACCAAUUAAUUUUGAUACACUUACCUGUCUGACAUAUAUGGCGGGCAAAAGUGUGCAGAACUAUGCAGUUUCACAUAGGAUCCUGAACGAAAUUAAAGCACGUGACAAGGAUUUCAGGCCUAAGACAUUCUUUGAUUUUGGCUCUGGUAUUGGAACAAAUGCAUGGGUAGCGUCUGAGAUGUGGUCUGAUUCGAUAAAAGAAUACUUUUGUGUCGAAACAUCGGAACCCAUGAUUGAAUUAUCAGAAAAAUUAGCUGAAGCUGCCAGUCCUAAAAUUGAAAAGCUUUUCUAUCGCCAGUAUUUUCCGGCAUCCAUGAAUCCUACCUACGAUAUUGUAAUGAGCGCAUAUACUUUAUUGGAGUUGCCGAAUCUGCAAUGUCGCCUUGAAGCGAUAUUAAAGCUUUGGAAGAAGACUAACAACUACUUAAUUAUUAUAGAAGAAGGAAACACCACCGGUUUCAAGGUAGUGAACGAAGCACGAGAUUUCAUCCUCAAAUAUGUAAAGUCGAAGUAUAGGAAAGAGACACAAUUUGCCCACAUUUUCUCACCUUGUCCACAUGAUUUGCCGUGUCCACAACUCGCUUCACACAACACUCCAUGUAACUUCAGUGUUUUGUAUCAUCCGCUGCGAUUUCUGGGUGGCAAAGAACAUCAACCGGAAUUCUAUUCCUACGUCGUGUUAAAAAAAAGUGAACGUCCCGAGAACGACGAGUGGCCAAGGAUCGUACGACCAACGUUGAAACGUUCCAACCACGCGAUCUGUCGCAUGUGCCUCCCUAAUGGUGAGCUGAAGGAAGAAAUCUUCACAAAAAACAAGCAUGGAAGGCAUAUGUAUCGUUGCGCGAAAAGCAGUAAAUGGGGCGAUAGAUUACCAAUGCAUUACGAACAACAGGAAGAGAAUCCAGAAAAGAAUGACACACUUGAUGAAACAAGUCCUACUGUAAAAUAAAAAAAUAAAGUUUUGUUAACUAUAA